AUGGAGUACUAUCCCGGUCCCGGCCGCAACCACCUGUUCGUCCCCGGCCCGACGAAUGUCCCCGAGCAGGUGCAACGCGCCAUGCUGCGCGGCAAUGAGGACCAUCGGUCGCCCGCCUUCCCCGUUCUGAGCAAGAGCGUCAUCGAGGACAGCAAGAAGCUCUUCGGCUCCACCGAGGGCACCUGCUUCAUCUUCCCCGCCACAGGCACGGGCGCGUGGGAGUCGGCGCUCACGAACACGCUCUCCCCGGGAGACCGCAUCAUCUCGUUCCGUAUCGGCCAGUUCUCGCUCCUCUGGAUCGACCAGAUGCAGCGCCUGCGCUUCGACGUCGACGUGGUGGACUGCGAGUGGGGCGCGGGCGCGGACCUGGACGUGCUGCGGCGGAAGCUGCUGGCGGACCGCGCGGGCACGGUCAAGGCGGUGUGCGUCGUGCACAACGAGACGGCCACGGGCGUCACGAACGACAUCGGCAAAGUGCGACAAGUGCUCGACGAGUGCAACCACAAGGCGAUGCUGAUGGUGGACGGUGUCAGCUCUAUCGGCGCCAUUCCCUUCUAUCAGGACAAGUGGCGCGUGGACGUGGCGUUGACCGGGUCCCAGAAGGCGCUGUCUCUCCCCACGGGUCUCGGCAUUGUCUGCGCGCGCCCGCGCGCCCUCGAGGCCGCCAAGCACAGCAAGUCGACCCGCGUGUUCUUUGACUGGGCAGACUACCUCAAGUUCUACCAGGCGGGCACCUACUGGCCGUACACUCCCUCCUCCCAGAUGCUCUACGGUCUGCGCGCAUCGCUCGACAUGCUCUUCGCCGAGGGCCUUGACAACGUGUUCGCAAGGCAUGCGCGCCUGGGAGAGGGCACUCGGCGCGCUGUGGCGGCUUGGGGCCUGCAGCUGUGCACCAAGAGCCCCGAGUGGAAGAGCGAUACUGUGACGACGAUUCUCGUGCCGGCGCAUAUCAACAGCAAUGAUAUUGUGCGCACCGCGUGGAACAAGUACAACCUGUCGCUCGGGCUCGGGUUGAACAAGAUUAAUGGCAAGGCGUUCCGCAUCGGCCACCUGGGGCAGAUGAAUGAGGUUGCACUCCUUGGAGCCCUAGCAGGAACUGAAAUGACUCUUCGAGAUGUGGGAUACCCAGUGGUGCUUGGCUCUGGAGUGGCGGCUGCGUCUGCCUACUUCCAGCAGACCGCUCCCUUGAUCCCUGGACGAUCCAAGUUGUAA